GAUUUAUAUGGUACAAGUACCGGCAGUCCGGCACGACACAAAUCAUCCCCGCCCCCGGAUCCUCCGCCGCCUUCGCCCCCACGUUACAAACAACAAAUUCUCCGACCAAAUCCCCUCUCCUACUACUACCCACUUCCAACUCCUUCAGAGACCCUAAUUACCAGCUACAGCCAGCAUCCGAUCCAGCGCCCGCCUCUGCUCCCCAUGGACUCCGACCAGGAGUCCGUCGACGACUGGGUCGUCCUCGCCUCGUCCUCCGACGACGAUGAGCGAGUCAUCGCGCUCUCGUCCGGCUCCUGCUCCGACUCCGAGCCCGAUCACGCCGCCGGAUCCCCCAACCUCCUCCCCGCCUCCAUUGACCCCGACGACGCCGAGGGCUUGUAUGCGCUGUCGGACGCCGAGGACACCGACGCGUCCCUGCAGCCUUCCCCGCUGCUGCCCAACCCGCUCUCGGGACUCUUGCACCACACGCUGGCCGGGGACGUCGCCUACUCCGCCUUCGACCCGGUGCCUCCCGCCGCCAAGCAGCUGGUCCCGGACACCACCUUCGCCGCCUUCUUUCCCGAGCCCGUCGCCGCGCUCGCCUCCACCCGCGGCCUCGUCUGCCUCCGCGGCGCCUGCUCCGCCGCCUACUACGUCGCCAACCCGGCCACCUUCGCCAGCGAGCGCCUCCCGGCCCCCGCCCGCGACCACCGCGCCCACGGCGACCCCGCCGUCGUCAUCGCCUUCGACCUCGACCUCGACCCCGACCCCUGCGACGCCGACCCCGAGCGCGCCGAGUCUGAGGGCGAGGGGUUCUACCGCCACUACCACGUCGUCGUCGCGUUCCCCGUCGGGGAAGGCAUCUACGCUUUCGAGUCCUUCUCGUCCAGGGCCUGGGCGUGGGCAACCGGAAGCGGGGUCGCCGACGCUGAGGCCGUCCUGCCAGGCUCCGGGGUCGGCGCGCUCGGCUGCGCGUUCUGGCGCACCACCAUGGGCCUGUUCCUCUGCUACGACCCCGUCUCGCGCCGCGCGGACCUCGUCCCCGCGCCCGCCGAGGUCAUGCAGUGGCCCUACUGGGAGCUUGGCGAGAUGGACGGCACGCUCUGCGUCACUUGCAUGGGCGCCCGCGUCGACGCCGUCGUCGUCAUCCGCCUCGACAUCGUGAGCGGCGCCAUCAACUGGACUCUGGCGGGGUAUUUCGAGGGCGGCUGCCUCAGGGGACGCAAGGACGUCACGCUGCUCCGCUCGCAGGGUAAGGCGGAGGUCGUCAUGUGGGACCCCAGCUCCGAGACGGUGGUGGCCAUGGACAUCGAGGGCCGCACUACACGCGUCAUCAGGUUCAUCCCUGGCAGCGGCUACUAUGCCGAUUUCAUCCCCUACGUCAGCUCGUUGGCCGCCGUCUCUCGCUCCGGCAGAAGGGAGGCUCAUGCUGAGCGUUCGACUUCUGCUACAAAUAAUGACUUCAUGGCUACGGCUGUUGAUGCUGAGGCAUACUAACUACACUGGUGGUACAAAGCUGGAAUAGUUUGUUUGCUACAAAUGAAUAAUCAAGCUUCCAGGGUUUGUACAGCCUAAGGGGAAGCAAGAAGCAGCUUUUGUUUUUUGCCCUGGUAUCUAGUAGCCUCCAUGAGCAAUUCUUUUGCCCCGUGGCUGCUUGUACAAAUGGUAGGUUUCAGACUGGUGUGUCGAAACAGUCAGUCCAGUACUUUCUAGUUUCAGAGAGUAGCUUAGCUUAACACGGUGCAAAACUUAAACGUCCUUUUGUGCGACUGACUUUUGGUUUUUGGAAGAGCAUCUGAUCUCUGUCUGGGAUAUUCUGACCAUGAACUAUUGCAAUGGCUUUCAUAUAUUUUUUCUUUCA